AAGAAGAAGUCGCUGCAGAAGGCAGUCACCUUCAGGAGAAGAAAAUAAGUAAAUUACAAGUGUCCUGAAGAAGAGGAGCUUGAUAGACACGUCUCCUGAAGAAGAGGAGUCCAGAUAGACAUAUCCUGAAGGAGAAGACGUGAUAGACAGACUUCCUGAAGAAGAAGAAGAAGCUUAAAGACGUAUCCUGAAGGAGUCUUGAACAUGCAAGUUGCAAGUUGCAGAUGGCUGGGUGCAACAUGUGUCAGGAAUCUAGCAAGAGUUUCCUCUGGCUUGGUGUUCCACUGCAGUGAUGGGAGUCGAUGUUAUGCUCAUACUUCCCCAGUUACGAACUUUCCGAAAUGUGAACUAACAUCCAAGAGGUAUCCAGUGACGAGGGGUCAGUUCAGCCAGAUCACCGGAGACGACAUCAACUUCUUCGUCAAUCUCCUGGGUUCCCACCGUACUAUAACCGAUGCAGCGGAACUCGAAGGUCCCAACACUGACUGGCUGGGGAUAGUCCGAGGAUCCUCGGCGACCCUCCUCAAGCCCAAGACCACUGAGGAAGUCUCGGCAAUUUUGUCGUACUGCAACAAGCGUAAAUUAGCAGUGUGCCCCCAGGGUGGCAAUACGGGCCUGGUUGGCGGAAGCGUUCCAGUGUUUGACGAGAUCAUCAUCUCCACCGCCCUCAUGAACGAAGUUGAAAGUGUAGACACCUUGUCUGGGGUGGUGACAUGUCAGAGCGGCUGUGUACUGGAAGCCCUUGAUAACCAUGUAUCGCAGUUCGGUCUCAUGGUACCAUUGGAUCUUGGCUCAAAGGGCAGCUGCCAUAUUGGUGGCAAUGUUUCUACUAAUGCAGGUGGCCUGCGUCUCUUGCGCUAUGGGAACCUGCACGGAUCAGUCCUGGGGGUUGAGGCUGUUCUGGCAUCGGGUGAGAUAGUCAAUUGUCUGUCGGUGAUGAAGAAGGACAAUACUGGCUACGACCUCAAGCAUCUCUUCAUAGGCUCAGAGGGAGCACUCGGGUUAAUAACCAAGGUUGCCAUCAAUUGCCCUUCAAGACCACAGGCAGUAAACCUGGCCUUCUUUGGCCUUCAGACGUUCGAAGACGUCCUCAGUAUCUACAAGGAUGUGAAAAGCAAACUCGGAGAGAUCCUGAGCUCCUGUGAGUUCAUCGACGCAAGUUCCCUUGAAUGUGUGGAGAAGAACUUGAAGCUGAAGUCACCCAUUAGUGCCCACCCAUUUUAUAUGUUGAUUGAGACUUCAGGAUCUAAUAGCACACACGAUGAAGAGAAAUUGAAUACCUUCAUGGAAGAGGCAUUAGAAUCUGGCAAGGUUACUGACGGUACAAUAGCAACAGAGCCGUCUAGAAUGCAAAACCUAUGGAACAUCAGGGAGAGAAUUUCCGAGUCAUUAGUAAUUGAAGGCUACGUACACAAGUAUGAUAUCUCCUUACCAUUGCCUCAUUUCUACAAGAUGGUUGAGGAUAUGCGGCAGCAUCUGGGCACCGCAGUCAUCCGCUGUUGUGGCUAUGGUCACAUAGGAGAUGGAAAUCUUCAUUUAAAUAUCACAAGCAAGGAGUUUGAUCAGGUUUGCUAUGUUUUUUAAUUUUUUGUCCAUUGA